UCAGCCGAGAGAGCAGACAGGACAUGGAGGGACUUUGAAGUGCUUGGCCACACAUUUCUCCGAACAACAGACAAAGUAGGUUCAUGAAAGUGCUAACCAAAAGUUGAUUAUUGUCACCGUGUCAAAGUUUUUCAUGGCUUUUGCUUGAUGUCGCUUAAACAGGCGGUUUGGUGGCUGUUCGGCUGAACGCUGUCAGGCUUCAUGGCAGGUCAAAGCCAAACAACACAUCUGACCAAACGGUGCUUUGACAAUACAAACCACAAGCUAGCUUAGAGAGUCCCGUGAUGAACCGCCUGAUUUGUACCCCUGCUCGCCCUGAUUAACACUCACACUUGAACUGACCGUCGUUUACACUUGAAGUAAAUUCUUCGAGUGGAGAGCUAUUUGCACCGAUUUGUUGCUGGUUAGUGGUGUUGGACUACAGAUGGGAGGUGCACAACACGCCGUGCUGGGUCAGAUUUAGUCAAUGGUUAACUUAAUAAAGUGUGAAGCACAACAGGAAGUAGCUACUGUAGAACGUGAGCUUCUCAUGUAUAGUCUUUCAUUUCAGCUGACUGAACAAAUCUGUCGCCCUGUGAUCAGUCUUCAGAAAGGGAGCAUUUCUCCCUCCCUGCCUCUCCACCUCCAGGCUUCUGCUUUCGUUUCCUAAUUGUGGACAGACUUGCUGUGGAAAGGACCCUCCGCCAUGGCUGCCGCCUCCACCGCCACCGCCACAUCUUCCAAAGGCAGCCUGAGAGAGGACCUGACGUGUGCCAUAUGCUGUGACCUUUUCCGGGAGCCUGUCAUGUUGGCCUGCCUGCACCACUUCUGCAGACCCUGCAUCUCCAGGUACUGGAGGGGAGCUCAAGGGCCUGUAAGCUGCCCACAAUGCCGCAAGGAGUUCAGCUCCAAGCAGUUUCAAACAAACUACCUUGUGACAGCCAUGGUGGAGAAGGUCAGGGCCACCUCUUCAGACACUUACAUCAAGAACCUCGAGAAACAACUCAAAGAGACUUUGGAGAGCCAUCGUCUGCAGAAGGAGGACUUCAUCAACAGCAUCCGCAGAGACAGAGACAAGCUGGAUACCAUAAAGAGAGUCGGAGCAGAUCUGCAGGCCCGUGUCAAAGGGGAAUUCAGAGCUCUCCAUCAGAUCCUGCAGGAUGAGGAGGCCUGUGUGCUGGAGCAGUUAAGGAGAGAGCAGGAGGAGGAGCUGGAGAAAGUGCAGCGCCACCUGGAGGCCGUGGAGCUGGCCGUGAGGGAGCUGGAGGACAAUCUGAGGGUGCUCAAGCAGGCUAGCGCUGCCACAGAGAGCGUUGUACUGACUGAGCUCCCACAGCUGCGACCAUGUGUGCAGGUGGAUAUUGUCCCAGAGUUUGAUAUGAACACUUUCAGCAGCAAAUACACGGCCCCAUUACAGUACAUCACAUGGAGAAAGAUGUUCAAGUCUUUGAAGCCAGGUCCUUCCCCAUUAACGUUCGAUGUCGACACAGCUCACCCGAGCAUCUACGUCUCCAGGGACAGAACCGUGGCAGUCGAAUGUGACAUCCUGAUGCCACACGUGGACCACAGCAAGCGUUUCCUCCAGUGUGUCAACGUCCUCGCUGCCCAGGGCUUCCAGUCAGGCAGACACUACUGGGAGGUCGAAGUGGCCUCCAAGCCCAAGUGGGACGUGGGCGUGGCCGCCGAGGCCGUAGACAGGCACGCUCGGAUCAAGCUGAGCCCCGAAAACGGCUACUGGACGCUGCGGGUACGCAACGGCAACGAGUACUCGGCCGGCACGCAGCCCUGGACGAGGCUGCAUCUGGGCUCUUCCCCUCAGAGGCUCGGGGUUUUCCUCGACUGCGAGGAGAGGAGGGUGUCCUUCUACAACGCCGACGAUAUGAGUCUGCUCUACUCGUUCACCAAUGGGCCGAGGGGCAAGGCGUUCCCCUUCUUCAGCCCGUGCAUCAGUGACAGAAGCCAGAAACCUCAGCCUAUCAAACUCCUCCACUACCCCGCUGUCGCUCUGUCUGGCUAACAUGGCUACAAUCAAUAAGAGGGUUUGUAGAAUGUAACAGCUGCCCAUUCACCUAUUGACCAACGACUGUUAUCACCUGGCUUUUAAAAGACAGUCCAGCCUUUUUUCUCAUUUUGAGUUGAACAUCUAAGGCUGUUCUCUUAUUUUCUCUGCCUUAAUGAUCAGGUAUUGCCAGAUGCUUCUAUUUUCUGAAUGCCAAAUGAACCGUAAAAACCUUGAGAUGUUAUGAAAAUUGCCACAUUCACUAUAUCAAAUUUCCAUUGUGCUGUAAUUGUUGUGAAGAGGCUCAUUCACCAUGCAGGAGAAAUCAGCAGAAACACGUUAAAAAAAGAAGCACUCAGCCGUUUUGGGUUGAAUAUCUUGAAGCUUACAUGCAUCAAAUUGCAUUUUAACUGUUCUUCACAACCAAAUAUCUCAUAUAGACGGAUAUAGUUGGUGUUUCAAGUGAAAUCUGAAUAAAUUAUCUCUCAUCAAGCCAGGCUGUCCUCAGGCUCACUUGUGAAAUGUUUCUUUUAAUCGCCGUCAAGUCCAAUCAGCAUGAAGGGAUUGUGCACUUCACUCAGAGAUUUUCUAUUUGAUUAAAUGGGUUUCCGUGUUUUACUCAUUAAAUGAAACUCGCAGCACUUUCUCAGUUCCUUAGCUGACUUCUAGCAGCUUCUGUUAAUUUGUCUUCUUUUGUAUGUUCAUUUAUAUACAUUACAUGUGCCUUCAUUGAAAAUCUGAUGUGAUAGUUAAGGAUUGUUAUUUUGUAAUCACUCAAGGAAAUAACUAAAAUACAGGUCUUUAUAGUAUAUUUUACAUAGCUGUCAUUGCAUUUCACUUGCAUGUUCAAUCAUUUCUGAUACUCGAACAGUUAUUGUAAAACCUGCUAAUGCAAACAAUAAACCAAGUCACUUAUUC